AUUAAACAAUCGGUCUCAAACGUCUGGACUCUCUACCCAUGAGCCUGAUUGAUUAAUUCGAUAUGGCGGCGUCACCACUAAUACUACACACUAGAUAGAGAUCAAUUGACCUUGGACAUGUUAUCUUGGUGGCUCGAGAGUAUCCAAUCCCUACCAGCAUCUCCAAGCUCAGUUGCUUAUCUGGCCGCGUCCAGGUGUUUUGACCCCUCCCCCUCCCUCCCCCAGGUUCCAGGAAUUUACUGCUUGCGAUGGUUCUUAUCCUGCCUUAUCAGCAUUCUACGAAUGCGGGCAUCCUCUCCCGUCUGGGAUCACCCCAAGAAUGUUCAGAACACUGGGAAGAAUGUGGCUGUGGUUGUUUCCAUCCAUCUCUCUGGCGUUAUUGACUUGUUGACUAUUGCUGUUGCUAUUUUGCCGAAACCGUACUUCCAUCUUGAACCCCACACCGCCCGGAUACCGUACCUCUGUCCUCCCGGAUACCCUCGAGUAACGGAGUUGACCCGUUUGAUUAUUGGGAUCGCCUUGGAAGCUUCCAUAGCACCUUCGAAGGAUUUUCUCGUCAGAUAGAACACCUUGCCCGUUUGAAAUAGGGUAUGGGAGAGCCGAUCCCAGAUCUUUCCAUACUCAGUCAGAAGAUCUCCAGACUCAGUC